GUGUAGAAUAGUAAACCUCUUUGCUCAACAAUGGCGGCAGCGAUGUUCUUGGCGAAGAGAGGCGUGAUUAACAUAUACAGAGCUUCACCCAGAGAGUACAACAAUGGUGUCCGUUUUGUCGGUAGAGCCACCACCUCUCGUUACUUCACCAGCGGAAGAGAUGACGAGAUGCGAGAGUCGUCGUCAUCGUCAUCAUCGUCAUCAGAAGAAGAAGAGAGCAUGAGCGAGGCGAGAGAAGCGGCGAUGGGGACAACGACGGAUGGUAAGGCGCCAAAUGUAUCGGUAAGCUAUGCGUCGAAUACAACGAAAGAGAGCGGGGACACGGCGGCGGCGACGGCCGGCGGCGGCGAGGAAGGGGCGGAAGAGGAUGUUGCGGUGGGCGUGUCAGGAACCAUUAGAGGAGAGAACCGAUCUUCAGGCUGAGACAUUAACAGAUCUUUGUUCUUGCUGUUGCUGUAAAUGUUCAACACUGUAAUACUUUUUUUUUUUCUAACUCGAGUGAGAGUGGAAAGAAGGCACCGAAUGAUCAGAACAAACAAGUAUAAACGACAACAUGAACAAGAACUGGCCACAAAGAACGUAUGCUAACACCAUGACGUGUCCAUUCUCGGAGCCACUGUGUAGCUUCUUCUGAACUGUUUCUUCGUCUUGGGAUGAUAACUGUCAGUGCUCAAGAACUCGUUAGGGCUCGACCGCUGGUUUGGGACACCAUCUCUCCCUUCAAGAUUCAUCGUCUCCGGGUUAAACAAGAGUCGACUCGCCUCGUCCCGAUUGACCCCUUAGAGCGUCGAACAAAGAGAGACCGUCGGGCAAUUUGAUGUCGUUUUCGUCCUCUCCCACCACGUUGAUCGCGUCCAUUGAGCAAUGUAAUGUUGGAAGGAUUGGACCAUUUCCCUCUUCCAAGAACCCGCCAAGUCUGGUGGAUGGGAGCUGGGGCCGAGGCUGCUGGCUCGGUACAGUAAACGGUUCGAUCGGGACAGAUGAAGUCGAGUUAGAAGAGAAGAGCUGGGGGGGGGGGACCGGACUGGUAACUGAGGGACUCGAACGUUUGCCUCGCCAUCAGCACGACAUGGAGAUCUUCCGGUAUCUGGGGAAUCAAACCACCUCGUAUAUUGACAACGAUGCAAACAAAAAAAAACUGUGCCCGGGUUUCAAAAAUUGAAACAUGAAAAGACGGUCGAAGGCUUAGUGAAGAAGACUCACAUGUUGGAAAUACUAAAAUCUUAAUGGUUCAUGUAAUUUUGAGUUUUGGAAUUCAAUAUGAUAUUGUGUUGAAUUU